AAAAAAAAAAAAAAUUGGGCUCAACCGUGGGAAAGUUUAGAAAUAUCACACAAGUGUCUAUAAAAAUCCCCCACAUUUUUCGAAAUUCUUUUUUGGUGUUUUAUCUCUCCUUGUUUAACAAAAAAAAAUGUUCAAGCUCACUCAACGCCUUCCUCAACUUGUUUCUCGCUCAUCGGGCUUAGUUCGUCAAGCCGCCAAGCGUAACUAUGCUGCUUUAACUUUUGCUUCUCCUGCUUCUCAUGAAUCACCCAGUUCUUUGUACGCAUUCACCGAAGAAGAAUUAAUGCUCAAGGAUUCCGUCACUCGAUUUGCUCGUGAAAUCGUUCAACCCAAGGUUCGUGAUAUGGAUGAAGCUGAACUCAUGGAUAAGGAUAUCAUUAAGUCCAUGUUUGAAAACGGUUUGAUGGGUCUUGAAACUCCUGCUGAUUAUGGAGGUGCUGAAUGUUCUUUCAUGGCUGCUAUCUUGGCUGUUGAAGAACUUGCCAAGAUUGAUCCUUCUAUCAGUGCCUUGUGUGAUAUCCAUAACACUUUGACCAACACUGUCAUCCGUAAAUACGCCUCUCCCGAGCUUAAGGAAAAGUAUCUCACUCGUCUUGCUACUGACACCGUCGGUAGUUUCUGUAUCUCCGAAGCAGGUGCUGGUUCCGAUGCAUUUGCUCUUCAAUCUCGUGCUGAAGACAAGGGUGAUCACUAUAUCUUGAAUGGUAGCAAGAUGUGGAUCAGUAACUCUGCUGAAGCUGGUAUUUUUGUCAUCUUUGCCAACGUUGAUCCUACCAAGGGUUAUAAGGGUAUCACUGCCUUUAUUGUUGAAAAGGAAUGGGGUGUGGAGAUCGCAAAGAAGGAAAAGAAGCUCGGUAUUAGAUCCUCUUCUACCUGUGUGUUGAACUUUGACGAUGUCAGAAUUCCCAAGGAGAACGUGCUUGGUAAGGUGGGAGAAGGAUACAAGUAUGCUAUUGACUCCUUGAACGAGGGUCGUAUUGGUAUUGCUGCUCAAAUGAUUGGUUGUGCACAAGGAGCAUACGAUAUUGCUUUACCUUACAUGAUGGAGCGCAAGCAAUUUGGUAAGGCCAUUGGUACUUUCCAAGCCAUGGAACAUCAAUUUGCCGAAGUGGCUGUUGAGAUUGAGGCAGCCAAGCUCUUGACUUACAACGCUGCACGUUUGAAGGAAGAAGGUAAGCCCUUUGUGAUGGAGGCUGCUAUGGCUAAAUGGCUCGCUGCUAAGGUGGCUGAGAAGUCCAGUUCUUAUGCUGUGGAAUGGAUGGGUGGUAAUGGUUUUGUUCGUGAAACUGGUGUUGAAAAGUUCUAUCGUGAUGCCAAGAUUGGUUCCAUCUAUGAAGGUACUAACAAUAUCCAACUUCAAACCAUUGCCAAGAUUAUUGGUAGCAAGUACAAGUAAAGAAAGAUUUUUUAUAUAUAA